AUGGGUAAAGAUUUAACAGAAAAGGACUUUGAUCAAGUUGAAUUCUGGAUCGGAACUGGACCCAAAACAUUCAAUCUGUUGUACAGCAUAACAAGGGAUGGCUGUGACGCGAGUGUGUUUCAUCAAAAAUGUGACAACCAAGGACCAACACUAACAGUCUUGUACAACAAGGAGGGUUCCGUGUAUGGAGGAUACACAAGUGUUAGUUGGGAGUCACCAGUGAGUUUCGUUAACAAAUGUGACGGUUCGGCAUUUCUCUUCCAACUGUAUUUUUCUGGCAUUGAGACGCCCAAGAAAUUUUCAGCAAAGACCGGUCAACAAACAAUUAGUGCAAAUACCGGUUAUGGACCAAUAUUUGGAAGCAGUUCAUAUUGCGACCUAUAUACAUUUAAUGGUGCCGUACACAAGUCUUCUUCGGGAGAAUACAACCUUAAUGGACACAUGCAAAAUUUUGGUACAUUGUACGAAUCUAAGGAAACAUCGUCCAAUGAUAUCAACAACGGACACCUGAGAAUGACAGAGUUGAAGGUUUACGUCAUCAAAAAUGGUCAAAGAAAAACGCAAGUUUUACCGACUCCUUGGAGAAAGACAGCAGAAUGGUCCCCUAAGUUGCUAGAGAGCUUGAAAGAAGAAGUGAAAAGCAUCCAGCCCCUUGAAGAAAUUGAUGUCCCGCAUUUCAACAUUCUCAUCAUAGGGCCUUCAGACUCGGGUAAAUCGAGCUUCUGCAAUUUGGUAGCCUCUGUGUUUCGCGGAAGAAUUUCCCAACGGGCUAGAGUUGGUAGAAACUCGCAAACAAGUACAACGACAAUGUUUACGCCAUACACGGUUGGUGGCAAAGCCUGCCUCAAGCUCUACGAUACAAGAGGCAUAGCGGAGACGGACACAUUGGACCUUCUGCAAUGCAAUUUCAUACUUGACGGUCAUGUUCCAGAUUUUUACGAGAUGACGCCAACGAGUCUGAUAUCAUUUGACGAUUCAGAUUUUCAACAUAAGCCAUCAUUGAGUGACAAAAUGCACUGUGCUGUAUUCGUUUUGAACGGAUCGACUGUAGGCGACAUUUCAACGCCUAUGUUGCACAAAUUGAUGUCAUAUCAAAAUCUGUUGAACAAAAAAGGCAUACCACAAGUAGUAUUGGUUACGAAAAGUGAUAAACUCUGCGAAAAAAACGGCUAAAAAUAUCAGUAACACGUUCCUCAGCCCAGCAAUCAAAGAAGUAGUCGACAAUGUGGCGGGCCUACUGAAACUUCCACGGAACAAUAUUUGGCCAGUAAAGAAUUAUGAAGAGGAGGUGGAAAGCGAUGAGAACGUCAACAUCCUUGCUUUGCUAGCUGUCCGACAGAUCCUGUUCUUAUCAGAGGAUUAUUUGGAAAACAUGAAAGUGAAGCAAAGUAGGAGAGGUAAGGGGAAGGCAAAUAGAAGCCAGGUUGAUGGUGAUGUGCUCGGAUCAGACACUGCCUAAAUAUAUUCAUAUAUUAACGUGGAAAUCGAUAAAGACUUCAGAUGAUAAACUUGACUGAAAACAAAUACCAGCUGUACUUACAACACCAUACGGCAAAUGCGUUUGAUG